AAUGCUUCGUACAAAUAUGUCAAUAGUUAAUCUUAAUCAUUAAUAGAGUUCAAGCUCUCUAUUAUAAGCCUUAGUUAAUUAGAGGCCAAAAUCAUCAUAAAAAUCGCAUUCACAAAAAAGAGUACCUUCUGCGAAAUCUAGUAAAACCAGCCAAAUUGGCUAACCAAGUUAUAAGGUACUUUUCAAUUUUAAUAAAAUUUAGUUGGUCACAUCUUCUCUAUGUUAACCUAUACCAAAUUUAAAACAAGAAGUAUCUUAACGAACAAAUGAGACCUUAAAGCCAACGUAAAAUUUCUUAUGAUUUAUAGUGAUAAUUCUACAACUGAGCCCCUAUAAUCUUAAAGAAUUUAAGAGUAAUAAAGUGAAAAGAAAACAAAUAAAAAAACAUCCUUAAUAUAAAGAACAAUAUUUGGGUAGAGUGCUGCAUCUUUGGGAAUAAAAUAAAAGACAGUUAAAUUAACAAGAGAAUCUAGAAGUAAUAGCAAAAAAGAAGUGCAAUAAUCAAUAAUUGAAGAAUCAACAUAAUAAUAGUAAGUUACGAAGGAAAUAGAAAAUGCUGAGGCUACUUAAAAAUUAGAAUAAUUGAUCUCAAAAUACAAAAAUACCUCUUUUUUUAAUUAAAGUUCACAAUAGAAUUAAUAUCAAGCAUAACUAGUAAGUCCAUAAAUAGUUCUAAGUGUUUCUUAACCUAAAGAAAAUUAAUCUCUUUAAACCACUUAAUAAACCUUAUUAUCAUAAGCAUCUUUAGCAGUCUUGUCAGAGUAAGAUUAGAAUUUAAAUACAGCUUUUUCAUAAUCAACUAAUUUAUAAGUUAAUUAAACUUAAAUAAACAAGUAUGUAACAAGAAUCUCAAGAGGGGCAAAUUUUAUUCCAUAAAAAUAGAAUUCUAAUUCAGUUAAUACUUCAGUAAAUACUAAACCAACAAGAAAAAGAAUGAAUUCGCCAUUACAUGGUUAAAGAAGGUCUAAAGAAAAUUCUAUUGUUACAGAAUCAUUAGUGAGUCAUAGAGAAUCAAAAUCUAAACUAAGAAAUUUGUCAGGAGAUAGAAAAUUUACACCUGCUCAAAAGGUAAACUUAGGACCAUAAGUACCUUUUUAAGNCUAUUAUUGCAUUCUAAUAUUUAUAUUAUAUUAAUUAUAUUUAUGUUUUAUUUAUAAUUUAUCUUUUAAACUCUUUUCACCAGUUAUUAUUGCUGCUUUUAAGUACACAACAAUGUUUCUUAUCUAAUUUCAAAAAAAAAAUUCAUUAUUAGCUCACUUUAGAAAAUAAAGGAGUAUCGUUUUUAGAUAAAUAAAAUUCUUAUAAAAGUCAAUUUAUAAACUAAAAGAUGAGAAAGCUCUUUGUUUUAAUUUUAAUUAAUGUUUUUGA